UUUAAAACGGAUAAAAUCACUUACAGUACCUUUAAAGCUGAGACUGACAGUGCUGUUAUUUUUGUUUCGGAAUAUUUUACGCAUUCAGACUUGUUAAAACAGUCACGUGAUCACGGCGCUCGGUCUUGUGGAGGAGUGGAUCAGAAUCGCGAGCCGCUGACAGGGUCGUUGAUGUCGUGAAACACACUUUAUGUAAACCGUGUCUCUCAUAUCAGUCAGUCUGAAGAAUCUGAGCUAAAGACACGGACGGUGCAACAGAGGCAUGUUUCGGGAUAUUUCCCGCGUUACACUCGUUUAGCACGCGUUAAAUUCAUUCUCGUGGAGGAGUGCAACGGAGCCGCGCGCUGCUGCCACUGUCAGUAACAUUGAGUCGUGACUCUGAUAUUGUUAGUGUGUCUUAUAUGGAGUGUAUGAGAUCAUGACUUUAUCAGGACUCUUUAAUUUGAGUUUACUGCGGGAAAUGUAGGCGACCUGUCAUUGCAAGAGCAAAUGCUGGGGAGCUGAUACGCGAUUUGAGCAUCAUCUUUAUGUUAUAUAAGGUGUUACACACACUGUAAGUGAAAUGUCUCUGGUUUUCCCACGACCCAACACUAGCGUGAUCGGUAAGAAGGACAAGCGACUCAUGGCCGAGGUGAACGCCUCUCCACUCAAACACUUUGUCACUGCCAAGAAGAAGAUCAAUGGCAUCUUUGAACAGCUGGGCGCGUACAUAAAAGAGAGCUCAGCCUUUCUGGAAGAAACCUACAGCAAUGAAGAACUGGAUCCUGUUACUACGGAUGAGCAGGUGGCGGAGGUACGGGGUUACCUGUCCAAAGUGGCAGGCAUCGGGGAGGUCCUGUCCCGCAGACACAUGAAGGUGGUCUUCUUUGGCAGGACCAGUAAUGGGAAGAGCUCCGUCAUUAAUGCCAUGCUCUGGGACAAAGUCCUGCCAUCUGGAAUCGGACACACCACUAACUGCUUCCUGCGGGUGGAAGGCACCGAUGGCAACGAGGCUUUUCUGCUCACCGAAGGAUCGGAUGAAAGAAAGAGUGUUAAAACGGUAAAUCAGUUGGCUCAUGCCUUACAUCAGGAUGAGGAUCUGGACGCAGGCAGUCUGGUGUGUGUCAUGUGGCCAAAAGCAAAGUGUGCAUUGCUGCGAGAUGACCUCGUGCUUGUAGACAGCCCUGGCAUCGAUGUAACAACUGAGUUGGACAGCUGGAUCGACAAAUUUUGCCUUGAUGCCGACGUCUUUGUGCUGGUGGCCAACUCGGAGUCCACUUUAAUGCAAACAGAAAAAUCAUUCUUCCACAAAGUGAACGAGCGCCUCUCCAGCCCCAAUAUCUUCAUCCUUAACAAUCGCUGGGACGCCUCGGCCAAUGAGCCUGAGUACAUGGAAGAGGUGAGGCGGCAGCACAUGGAUCGCUGCUCUAGUUUCUUAGUGGAUGAGCUGCGGGUGGUAGACCGUGCUCAGGCCAGUGACCGGAUCUUCUUCGUCUCUGCUAAAGAAGUUCUGCAAGCACGUGUCCAAAAAGCCCAGGGCAUGCCUGAAGCAGGUGGUGCUUUGGCUGAAGGUUUUCAAGCGAGAAUGUUUGAGUUUCAGAACUUUGAAAGACGCUUUGAAGAAUGCAUCUCGCAGUCAGCGGUGAAGACAAAGUUCGAGCAGCACACGAUGAGAGCCAAGCAGAUUUCUGAAGCUCUGCGUCUGAUAAUGGACUCUGUGCAUAUUGCAGCUCAAGAGCAGAGGAUUCAUUGUUUAGAGGUGAAGGAGGAGCGAGAGGACAGGCUGGAGUUUAUUGACAAACAGCUGGAUUUGCUCACGUUGGACUGUAAGAGCAAAAUCAAGAAGAUCACAGAAGAGGUGGAGAAACAGGUUUCUAACGCUAUGGCAGAGGAGAUCAGGAGACUGGCCGUGCUUGUGGACGACUUCCACUUGGACUUCCAUCCUUCACAAGUGGUGCUGAAAGUGUACAAGAAUGAGCUCCACAGACACAUAGAGGAUGGUCUGGGCAGAAAUAUGUCUGAGAGAUGCUCCAGUGUGAUCACUGCUGCCCUGCAGACCACACAUAUGGACAUGAUAGAGGGUCUGAAACCCCUGCUGCCAAUCGGGGUUCGAGAGCAGGUGGAUAAGAUGGUGCCUAGACAGUGCUUCAGUCUCAGCUACGACCUCAAUUGUGACAAAUUGUGCAGUGAUUUCCAGGAAGACAUCAGCUUCCACUUCUCUCUGGGCUGGACCAUGCUGGUCAACCGUUUUCUGGGCCCCAAGAACACACGGCGUGCUCUAAUGGGCUACAAUGACCAGGUUCCCAGGCCGAUGGCCAUCACUCCGGUCAGCACCAGUAUGGCUCCUUUCCCUCAGGGAUCCAUGACCCAGGAAGAGCUCAUGGUAUCCAUGGUAACUGGAUUGGCAUCACUCACCUCCCGGACAUCGAUGGGCAUCAUAGUUGUUGGAGGAGUGAUCUGGAAGGCAGUGGGCUGGAGGCUCAUUGCCCUGUCUGUGGGUCUCUAUGGGUUGCUGUAUGUGUAUGAGAGACUCACCUGGACCACCAGGGCCAAAGAGCGAGCAUUUAAAAGACAGUUUGUGGACUAUGCCAGUGAGAAACUGCAGCUUAUCGUCAGCUAUACUGGAUCCAAUUGUAGCCAUCAGGUGCAGCAGGAGCUGGCCAGCACCUUCGCUCAGCUCUGUCAGCAGGUGGACGUCACCAGACAGCAGCUGGAGGAUGAGAUUCGAGACUUUAACAGCAAGAUUGAACAGUUGGACUCCCUGCAGAGUAAAUCCAAGCUGCUCAGGAAUAAAGCUGGCUGGCUGGACAGUGAACUAAAUAUGUUCACCCAACAGUACCUUCAACAGGGUCGAUAGAAAGAUCGAGUCUGACCAACACUAUCAACGCAGUGAGCAGCAUAGAGCCCAUUGAUCUUAUUCUCUACUGCUGCAUUUUUAUAUAAUAUCAACUUCUGCAAAUAAUGUAACACUUAGCCAUGCUUUGAUACAUACCAAAUAUCAUUGCUCAUUGCAUAUGUUUUCUUUCAUAGGUUUUGCAAUGUUUUUUUCUAUUAGUAUGUUUUGUUCUGAACUAUGAGACCUGCCUUUGUGAGUACAGUGACAUGUGCCACUUUAAAGAGAGCUUCCUUUUGUGUCUUUGUUUUCUAUUUAAUACAGGAGUAAUUAUUUAUUCUUUGUAUAAGAGGUCAUGUAAAGUGUUUGACCUCUGUAGAUUGUGGUUACAGUGUAUAGAUUUCCAGACUGAGAUUUUGCAGUAUGCCACAGGAUGUUGCAAAAAAUAGUCUCUCACAUGCCUUGUUAUUAUUCGGGGUAGUGUGCCGGACAAUAAACAUAACGGGAUUAUCAUUCUUUUAUCAUUUUACUCACCCUCAUGUUGUUCCAAACCCAUAGAACUUUCUUCUUUGGAACACAAAAGGAGGUGUUAGGCAGUACGUCAGUCUUAGUCACCAUGUAGUUACAUUGCAGAAAGUCAUACGGGUUUGGAUCAACAAAGUCGUUUUGCCAGUGUACAGGCUUGUAGAGGUCAGAUUCUUAGUUGGAUUGGGGAAGGAGAACUGACCUAUUGGAAUUCAGUGUAAAUCCAAGCUGAGUUACUAUAUAAAUAAUUAUAUUUUUGUCACUGUGUUCCCAAAGUCUUGGUUUGAGGGAGCAUUAAAAACAAAUGAAGGGAUUGGUUUGAAGAUGCAACCAUUUUUAAACUCUUGGUACAAAAUCUCUCAAUGAUUUUUCAUUUUGUUUUGUUUUUUAAUAUAAAGUUUCAUAUAGUUUUUCUAUUGAGUGACGUUUGACCUGAUGUAAUCAGUGAUAAUUUUGUGCCUCUAAUUGUUUUUCCGUACCUGCCCCAUAUUAAUACUAAUCGUAGGUUUAGUAUAAAUACUGUGCAUAUUGACACAUUAAUUUAACAUGGUAAAUAUGAAAUGCAUAGGCAAACCAGUUUUUAUGUGAAGUGGGACUGAUUUAUAUUUCACCCAAGAAAUAAUUAUAUAAAAAGAGAUUAUACAUUAUGCAGAUUAUACUGCAUAAAGAAAAUUAAGCCUAUGUUUUGCAUUGUUGAAUUUUCAUGAUUCACCACUGACAUCCUCCUCUGACUACAUUCUGAAAGCAUACUGAUCUUUGUGAUCAGACUGUAAAUGUGUACGAAUCAUUGUUCACCAGUAGUCCCUCACUAAUGUAUAGUAUGGUAUAUGGUAACCUGUUAAGUUUGGAUUAUGGUGUGCCAAGUGUUCGAGAAAGUGAUCUGAAAAGCUCUUGUGACAUGCACUUUAUAUUUUGCUGCUUUUUUGCAUUAUUUCCAGCAGGUCCGUUGAAAAGAGAAAGGUACAGCGAUCCUUGUACUGGUUCCAUGUCAACAGUAAUGUAUAGAUUAUGAGCAUGCAGACAGCUUUAAUUUAUUGUGUUGUUCACUAUUACUCUUAGAUGAAAUAAGUAAUAAAGAUGACACUGUUCAAAAGUAA